AUGCGGAUUAGCCUACAACCUCGCAGGAGACCACACGGUAAGUAAACUCCAGAUAAGCUGAAUUUUGCCUUGCUGUCUUUGCCUGCGCACCAUCUCCAUUUCAACAACGAACUAGCUCAACGGCUAGUUAGGCUCCCAGUCGCCGCCGUAGCUGUCAACGGGAACGCUUCUGUGGAGAACCGAUGGUGUCGACUGAGGGACACAGUCCAGUCGACCACCCGGCAUGUGCUCGGUCGCGCAUGUCAACAACAUCAGGAUUGGUUCGAUGACAACGACGCCACCAUCAGCAACCUGUUCACCGAGGAGUGCCGACUUCACAAAGCCUAAGUGAGCCACCCCACUGAAGAAAAUAAGGCAACUUUCUACCGUAGUCGCCGAUUUUCGCAACGGCGACUGUGGGCGAAGCAGGACACUUGGGCAGCUUGCAAGGCCGAGGAGAUCCAAGGGUACGUGGGCCGCACAUAUGGGAAGAACUUCUUCUCUACGACCAAGUCUAUCUACAGUUCCGCAGCCAAAGACACCGCUCAUCUUUUCUGCGCAGGCGACAGCACCCCACUCACCGAGAAGACAUUAAUUCUACGGCGAUGUGCCGAGCACCUCAAAGGCGUCCUCAACCGCCCCUUCACCAUCUCCGACGCUGUUAUCGCCAGUCUGCCUCAAGUGGAGACCAAUGCCGACCUCGCCCUCCCGCCCUUUCCCCACGAAACUAUCAAGGCCGCACAGCAGUUCUUCAGCGAGAAAGAACACGAGUCCUUCUGA